GCGUGCGCGAGCUCAUGCACUCGGUUUGUCAGCUGCGCGCGACACACAGAGAGACGCUGUGAGGUGAAAUGCUAAGCUAACGGUGUAGCUCCUGUAGCUGUGAACAGUUACACACCGCUUUACCAGCCGAGUUUAAACCCCGAGCUGAGACGAGACGACGUCAACACACGGGGAAUCACGAGGGUGUUUAAUAACGUCAACAUUUCCGUGUGUUAACAUAAAAGAGAAGUUUUAUCGACGGGACUAAAGCACUUUAGUUAGCUAGCUCGAGCUCGAGCGCUAAUCGUUAGCCAAGCUAGCUCACUGAGGGGGGGAAAAGUAGCGACGUGUUCACCUUUAUCCCCUACCGUGGAUUAAUGAGCGAGUUUUCAACCAUUUAGAUAUUAAAGAAGGAGUUUAUCAAUCUUUCUGGGUCGGAAACCUGACCUGAGACACACAUAAACGCACACACAAAGAGGAAUGGCUGAAGGUGCUCCGGUGUCUCCUCGUCUCCUCGGGCCUGAGCGAGCGAAGCUGUGAGCCGGGCGGAAUGAUUUAGCAGGGUGGCACCAACCUUGCACGUCAAUACAGAAGGAGGAAGAGGAAGAAGAUGGGGGUUAAUGCCUCCAGCUACCCUCACUCGUGUUCCCCUCGAAUCGGGGGACAUUCACCCACCCAGCAGACCUUCAUAGGCACAUCCUAUGCACCCCAGGGCUAUGGAGUUGAGUCAAAGCUCUACAGCUUGGAUCAUUGCCCAGAGAAACCUCAGGACAAGAAAAAGAAGAGCUCAAGCCUGGCCACGCUGAAGAGGCGCUUCAUUAAGCGGCGUAAGGCAAGUCGUUCAGCUGAUCAUGCACGUCACAUGAGGGAUCUGCUCUCAGGCUGGGACGUCCGCGACGUCGCCGCCCUGGUGGAAGAGUAUGAGGGUACGGCCGCACUCAAGGAGCUCAGUAUGCAAGCGUGUCUGGCCCGCCCCGAUGCUCGCACACUGCCCCAGGACCUGGCCUCUCUUUACCAGCACAAAUACUGCACGGACGUCGAACUUGUAUUUCAGGACACACGCUUCGCCGCUCACCGAGCCGUCCUGGCUGCACGCUGCCCCUUCUUCAGGACACUGCUGUCCUCAUCACCUGGGUACAGCACACAGCUGCUCCUGGAUGUGGGCACAGCAGGGAUGGAUGCCUCCAUGUUCUCAGCACUGCUGCGUUACCUGUACACCGGGGAGCUGGGAGCCGAAGACACCCGCCUGCACAAUGUGGACGUCCUGUUGCGGCUCAGCGAGGAGUUCGGGACGCCCAGUUCGCUGGAGACGGACAUGCGUGAACUACGCCAGAGAAUGUGCUACUACGACUCGGUGCUCUGCUUCUCCUCCGACUCAGAGCCAGAUAAACCUUUCGUAGCAGACAUGAGUGGAGAGGAGGAGGAACUGAAGGCCCAUAAGGCUGUGCUGGCGGCUCGCUCGCCGUUCUUCCGGAACCUGCUGCAGCGGCGCGUGCGUACAGCCGAAGAGGAGACCACGCCCGCACGCAUCGUCCUAAACGAGUCCAUCAUCCCGCGCAAGUACGCCGGCGUGGUGGUGCACUGCAUGUACACGGACGUGGUGGAGCUGGAGCGCGUGGUGCGGAGCAGCCCCUCGGCCGGCAGUCUAGGUGAAGCUCAGGCUUUAGCCGCGGGGAAGGGAAGCAUGAGCAGAGCUGAGGAAGCCAUGGAGCUGUACCACAUUGCACUGUUCCUGGAGUUCAGCAUGCUCGCACAGGGCUGUGAGGACAUCGUGGUGGAGAGCAUCUCUCUGGACUCUGUGGUUCCCGUCCUGAAGUGGAGCUCACAGCCGUAUGGCUCCAAGUGGGUCCAUCGUCAGGCCUUGCACUUCCUGUGUGAGGAGUUCAGUCACGUGAUGAUAUCAGACGUCCUGUACGAACUGAACAAGGAGUAUCUGCUUGGGGUCAUCCAGUCUGAUUACCUGCAGGCCAGUGAGCAGGACGUCUUAAAAUACGUGGUGAAGUGGGGAGAACACCAGCUCAUACGGAGGAUGGCUGAUCGAGAGCCCAACCUGCUCAGCGGCACGGCCCACAGUGUGAAUAAGCGCGGAGUGAAGAGGCGGGAUCUGGACGUGGAGGAACUGAAGGAGAUUCUGUCCCCUCUGCUGCCUUGUGUGCGCACUGAACACAUUCUGCCCACCAACAGCGAGGUCCUCUCCGACACGCUGAAGCGAGGUCUGAUCAGCACGCCUCCAUCAGACAUGAUCCCCACAGUGGAGGGAGGAAAAGCUAACGCCUGGCUGAGGCAGAAGAGCGCCGGCAUCUACGUACGCCCUCGUCUCUUCACUCCGUAUGUGGAUGAGGCCAAGGCUGUCCUGGACGAGAUGAUGGUGGAGCAGACGGAUCUCGUGAGGUUGCGCAUGGUCCGCAUGUCCAACGUCCCUGACACUCUUUACAUGGUCAAUAACGCCGUACCCCAGUGCUGUCACAUGAUCAACCACCAACAAAUGGCUGGCAGCCAAACAGCCCCGCCCUCAGUGGUGGCCAAUGAGAUACCAGUUCCCAGGCUAGCAGUGGUGAAGGAGAUGAUCCGGCGUCUGCAUGAGCUGCGUCACACAGAGCAGGUACAGCGAGCGUUCGCCCUGAACUGUGGUGAAGGAGCGACAGUCAGUUACGAGCUGCAGAUCCGAGUGCUCAGAGAGUUCGGUCUGCCUGAUGGAGCUGCAGAACUGCUUCAGAACCCACACAAGUUCUUCCCUGACGAGCGUUUUGGAGAUGAGAGCCCGGUGCUGGCCCUGCGACCAUCCGCUCGCUGUCGUGUUAACAGCACGCCGGCUGUGGAGAGCAUGUUCACAGACUUACAGUCCGUGAUGGGACUCCAUCCACCGCUGCCUCCACCACCACCACCGUACCACCCCCCCACCACACAGCAGAUCCGGAGCGGCUGGAGGCCCCGUGUCCCCACCCAGCAGCCGUCACGCUCCUUCUCCUACCCGUGUAAUCACUCGCUGCUACACACACAGGCCCCCUCCAAAAUGGGAAGCCCCAUUUACCCAUCCACGGGCGUCAAGGCUGCGCCCCCGGACUGUACCAACCCACAGGGCAGGAUCCAUAUCCCAAACAAGAAAGGGAACAUGGAGCCGGUCAUCAACGAGUUCAUGCCGGACAUCGCCAUGGGCGUUUCAGCCAUGAGUCUGAAGGAACGCCGCCUUCCUGAGGUCACCAUGGAGGUGGAAGGUCACGACCCCCAUCCUUUAGUAUCUACGGUUCCUCCCAUCUCUCAGUGCUUCUCUGGACGCCACGCCCACUCGUCGUCACGCAAACGACACGCGGCUGAGCCCAAACCCGAUGCGCCGCAGCACACACACUUCCCCGACCUGUACGAACUCUACACGCACAGCCGCAAUGACGCUGCACACAGGCUCCACCAUGCCCUGGGAGCUCAGGCCAACCAGAGAGCGCCACCUAAAGGAGAGACGGACCUGACGUGUGGCCUGAGUCCCGACACAGAACCCUACGACGAGUGGAACCCGAGCCGAAGAGUCGCAGGCGCCGGAGCCUCUGCAGCAGGGAUGGGGGAGGAGGGAGGAGGGAUCGGGGGUCGAGAGCGCAGGUCACCUAACAAACACGAAUACCUGUACAGGAAGUCUGCACUAUGACCCUAAAGAGAGACUUGAGAAGGAUUUAAGGCACAAAGUCACAGAUUUAAAGCCUUUUAAUGCUCGGGUUUGAUUACGGGGUUAAAUAUGAUGAAUAUAUCGUGUCCACAUAUUAUUUUAAAUAUUUAAACACCCCGAUUAAGGGGCAAUGAAGCUAAAACUCACUUGGGUUACUGACAAUCAGCAUAGAAAUGAAAUCUCAACAAGUCCCCAAGUGGCGUCACGAUGCAGAACCGUCACUGUGCCGUCACUGUGCCACUCCCUUCACUUCACAACACACUAGCUAAAAGAGAGAGAUUUAUAUUUCUACAGAUGUAUUAUGCAUUUAUCUUUGCUUAGGAAUAAACCCUAAAAUAAAAAGUUCUAGGCAAUAAGUCACCUCAUACAAAUACCACGUACGUACAUGACACGUUUAUAUACCGGUGCUGCGUUCAUGACCAGUUUCUGAUCCUAAACUCAAACCUAGAUUUGUUUAUUUUAUCCGAGUCUUUUAUGGAUCGUUCCUUUGACAGAUCUGACACACGUCGCUGCUACGACUCAUUGCUCAAAAAUAUGCAAAAAUAGUCCAGACGAGUCGACUGAUACGACUCUGGAGCCGUGUAGUCAUCUCUGUAAGCUCCGUCACCCUUCCGCUAACGUCAACGUCUCAAUCCUCUCCCGUGAGCCAUCAUCGCUUUCUGUCCCGUUAGUCAGGAAAAUAACUUGAAAUAAAACCGACUUCACUAAUGUUAGACAGUCAGGAUAUUUUUAUUUAAUAGUAAAUAAAUAAAUAAAAUAAAAUCAAUACAAUUUUAAGCUAUUUUAAAGAUUUAGAUAUUAAACUUGAGCAAAUCUGCUUCUGCAUCUGAUAAUUAUUUAACUAAUUGUAUGAAAUUAUAUCACGAUAUCCCAGCAAGAUGUAUGGUGUUUUAUCACAUUAUAUGUUCGUGUCGCUCAGAUCUAACUCCAAACACAUUAUAAUAAGUUUAAGUUUGGGGUUUAUUUUACUGCUGCCUCGUAGUUUAAGACUCGCUUCUUAAGGAUUAAUCCAUGGUUGGUUUUGUGUUUAUUUCUGUUGUUAUAAACCGACCACAGCCGGAGUUUAAAGGCGGUCAUGAACGCAGCACGUCUCUGUACGCAGCAGACUCUGAUUAACGGCUGCUCGACACCUCGCCGUGUUCCUCUCGGUUCCUGUAGUUCUGUUACGGCUGUAACCGUGAUGCCGCCUGCUUUAUAACCAACAACACUUCACACUUUCGUCUUCUACCUUUUCCUCCAGAGACGUAUACAUCUCUGACCUUGCGCUCCUCUACUACAGAGUAUAAGAAGCGUUUACCUCACAUUCGAACACCUUCAUCCUGCGAUUAAGCGAGAUCUCAUGCUGCGUCGCUAGCAGCCUGAACGCCGCCUCAGAUUCCUCUCUUCCUAUCCUUUGUGAAGAAUAAAGGAUAAUCUCUCUGAUGCAGUCGCUGAUGCGUGAUAUAUGCAGCUUUAUACUGUUUAUGCCAUGUUUCAUGGUACUGUAUGUUACAACAACGUUAUGUCUUCGACCACAGUCACCUGUGCAAGCUGGAAUCAGGGAUCUGUCUCGUCGUACUCGCCACGUUUAGCCCGAUCCUGCGCCGUCUGCCUUCUGUUCAAAAUAUCAGUGUUGUAUUAUAACCUGUGUUUAUUUGUUGUUGUUGUUGUUGCAAACAUAAGACUCAUAAUGCUGCGAUGCCUCAAUGCUAAGUUCCUCUACCUCUCUUCACCUUCUGUCCUCAUUUUUGUGCUUUUUUAAACCUGUAAUCUCCUGUAUCAGGUGAGCCAUGAAACUUCACUGAUAGCGUCCACAUUUCAGAACAGCCCCAUUUCUGUACAUUUAUGACUCGAACCCCGUACAGACGGACGCUAGCGACAACGUCCGAUCCUCCAUUUUCUACGUACGCGAUGCAGAGCCGUCGCUUCAGAGACGAGAUGUCCAAACGAAAUUCUCAUUUCUAUGCAAAUUAGGUUCAACGCUGUAAAGAAGUUACGUGUCCAUACUUUCUGUCCCGCCCGAUUCCUCGGAGCGAACGUACGGCGUGCGAGUUCAGACAUUUGUUCAGUUCCGUGCUCGUAAAUUCUGUUCAAACCUGCGGUCAGAAACAUUGACACUAAGCAGAGAUUGUCGUUGCCUCUGUGUGAAUCUGAGAACAGGACACAGAUCAAACAAACAGGCCACACCCACAAGAUACAAAUAAAUAUAAAAUAUAAUCCAUGUAAUGAAGGAUUAAUGGUGGAUUAUGUGUCUCCUGCCAGUCAUUAGAGCUUUGUGACCAUUUAAAUGCAUUAAAAUAUUUAUUAAAAUAUAAUAAACAGUCAACACUUUGUAGACGUUAAUGUCGUUUCUAUACCCGAGGUAUCGGAUCUUAAAAAUAAUACAAACACAAGAUUUGCUUACUGUAGGUGAGUCGAUUCAGAUUCGAUUCACUUACUCACUACAGUUUGCUCGAAUGUUCCGAGGGUUUAGAUGAGAUUAAACAUUUAAGAAUCACAUGUAAACAUUUCACAGCUCAUACCUGAUGGUGCAUGGAGAGAGACACACACGCGCGCGCACACACACAAGGUUACAGAGCUGUUGCUUUACUCAUGCUGAAGUGGCAAAAUGUGCUGCUAUCAUGUCCUAAGGGCUUGUGUUAGUAAAAAUUUGGAGCAUCCAUCUUCUCCUUUCUGUUCCAUGCUUUGUGUGUGUGUGUGUGUGACAUUACAGUCAGAACCUAUUUGAUCAGAUGUUAAAUCUAAUGAAUUCUGCACUACGUUUCAGAUGAACUCCACCGCGUCUCUCUGAGUGUGUAUCGUGUUUUCUGUUUACUCUUCUGUUUCUUCUGUUUUCUCCUCUUUCUGUGUCCUGACCCGGUUCCCAUGUUCCUGCUGGGUCUGUGUGCACGGAUGGGCUAAAGGACUGUGAGAGGGAAAGAAACCGGUGUAAACUCUGAUCUCCGCAUGUCCUGCUUUAGCUUUUCUCUCUGAUGGAGAUGAUAUCCGAGUGCCUUCAUGCCCGAGGCCGGGCGUGUCCUCUUCCUCAUCCUCCUCCUCCUCUUCCUCACCCCUCUGUCUUAUGCAAGCCAUUUGUACAAGCCUGCAUCUCUCUGUAAGACCAUAGCCCAGGCUCUCGUCUACAAAGAGGCUUUUUUUUUUUUCUUUUCCUUUUGCUUUGUUUUUGUUUAUUCUAAAAAAUAUUUUUUUAAGAUUUUUGGUACCUUUGAAGAGAAGCUUUGUUGUUCUGACAUGUAAAGUGUAAAGAUUUAUAUAUAAAUAUCUACAGAAGAUGUGAUGUGGUGUAUAUACCAGGAGCAAAGCUUUUCUAUUACAUUCUUGUACGGACUUCUAGCGAGAAGUGUCUAUUUUUCUACUCUUCUCUGCGCCGCAGUGUAACAGAGAUCUAUCUGCAAUUAGAGGGAAAUAAACGGCUUUAACACAAA